CGUCCUCCAUCCAUUCACACAAAUCGACACGGUUCGCCCAGUUGUACCUUUGCCGAGACGCGGUGGCAUGUUAGGUCCAAUGCUCGAGGCGCGCUGACCCUUUCUAUACAGAUUUUGCCGAACAUGUUUCGAUGUACCCGGAUUCACACCAAAGACAACACUUGCUCGACCAGGUGCGACGCUUGCAUGGGUGUGGACAGGCCGAUGCCAAACAUAUAACCGCGUGGUUUCAACGCUACCGUGCCACCGUAAGGAAGAAAUCAAUGCAAGAUGACGACAAUAUCCUAUUUACGAAUUUCACGUCGGAGCAACUCGAUAUACUGAGGCCGUUGCUGCGAAACAAUCCGUUCCCCAAGAAAGAAAUGAUCGACAUCUGGUCCGUGUGCAUCAAGGCAGAGCGCGAGCAAGUAAGCAAGUGGGUCUCAUACCAUCAAGCAAAAACCGCACCACUGCGAGGGACUUCGGAACAAUCCACGAGCGUGUCACCCACUGCACCACUUCCUCAUCUUCCCACACCUGCAAGAUCACUAUCACCUAUUCAUACUCGCGGCGUGUCAUUGCCAUCGAUUGCAACAAAGGAGGAGCCUUCCCCGACAAGUCCUUUAUGGCCAGCGCACACAGCACCCGUGUCCUACGCAAACUUGCCACAGCAUGCGACGGUGAAUACGGACGUGCUUGAUGAACUGAAUCCGCCAUUCAUGCGAAAGCCUUCUUCUGAUGGACCCAGACCUCCGCGUGAUGUUCCUGCAAGGAUACUAUCUCCAGUAAAGCAACUGGCAAAAGACAUAAAUCAUGGCAUCACAUCACAUCGUCCAGGCUCAUCGCGCAAGCCCUCUUCACAUGCAGAGUUCAAUGCCAUGUUCAAACCGUACGAGAAGAUGAUGACGCAGUUUAUUCAUAAUGUUGAGAGUGGAAAGUUGCAACAUUUGGGUUGGGAGCCUAGUUUGCACAAAGCAACAUGAAUGUAUCACCUUUGAUUGAACCCCUUGUAUCGUUAUUUCUGCAGUCAUCGCAUUCCUUGUGCAACCAUUUCGCUGUCCCUGUCAUUAUGUCGAUGUGACAUACUUAGUAGCAUAUGAAUCCUGUUCGGUAGAUGUAGGUUCAGCA